GUUAAAGCUCAUCAUCAAUCGAGCCUCAAUCCUUGUUGGAGAUAUUCAACUGUUUGCAAGUUACGGAUUUGCUAUACCUUUUAACCCCCGUUUCCCUCGUUAUAUCUACACCUACCACCCCUCAUGCCUGGUGCGGACAGGAAGCCCAAGACCUUGUAUGACAAGGUUCUUGACCACCACAUCGUGAAUGAACAGGAAGACGGCACUCUCCUAAUCUAUAUUGACAGACAUCUUGUCCACGAAGUCACCUCUCCACAAGCCUUCGAAGGCCUUAAGAAUUCCAACCGCAAAGUCCGCCGGCCGGAUUGCACCUUGGUUACCGUUGACCACAACAUCCCCACCUCCUCGCGCAAAAACUUCAAGAAUGUCGAAGAAUUCAUCGAAGAGAACGAUUCCCGCCUGCAAUGUACUACCCUGGAGGAGAACGUGAAGGAUUUCGGCCUUACAUACUUUGGUAUGGGUGAUAAGCGACAGGGUAUUGUCCACAUUAUCGGCCCUGAGCAGGGUUUCACCCUCCCCGGCACAACCGUUGUCUGUGGUGACAGCCACACUUCGACCCACGGCGCCUUUGGUUCCCUUGCCUUCGGUAUCGGUACUAGCGAAGUCGAGCACGUCCUUGCUACUCAGACCCUCAUCACCCGACGCAGCAAGAACAUGCGCGUCCAAGUAGAUGGUGAGCUUCCUGCCGGUGUCACCUCCAAGGAUGUCGUUCUGCACAUUAUUGGAGUCAUUGGAACUGCCGGUGGUACCGGUUGCGUCAUUGAGUUCUGCGGAUCUGUUAUUCGUGGCUUGAGUAUGGAAGCUAGGAUGUCCAUGUGCAACAUGUCCAUCGAGGGUGGUGCGCGUGCUGGCAUGAUCGCACCUGACGAGAUUACUUUCGAGUACCUGAAGGGCCGUCCUCUGGCUCCCAAGUACGACAGCGCCGAGUGGAAGAAGGCUGUCAGCUACUGGUCUAGCUUGGCUGCUGAUGAGGAUGCCGUCUACGACAAGACUGUCGUGCUGAAUGGCAGUGACAUCAUUCCCACAAUUUCCUGGGGUACGUCUCCUCAGGACGUUAUUCCUAUCACUGGUGUCGUCCCUGGCCCUGAUGACUUUGAGGAUGAGAACCGCAAACUCGCCUGCAAGCGCGCUCUCGAAUACAUGGGCCUGACUGCCGGAACCCCCAUGAAGGAAAUCCCCGUUGACAAGGUCUUCAUUGGUUCUUGUACCAAUGCCCGUAUCGAAGAUUUGAGAGCCGCCGCCAAAGUCGUGAGAGGCAAGCACAUUGCCGCCAAUAUCAAGCGCGCUAUGGUCGUCCCCGGUUCCGGCCUAGUUAAGCAGCAGGCCGAAUCUGAGGGGCUCGACAAGAUCUUCAGCGACGCCGGUUUUGAGUGGCGUGAAGCUGGUUGCUCCAUGUGCCUGGGCAUGAACCCUGAUAUCCUUUCCCCCCAGGAGCGCUGCGCCAGUACCUCUAACCGCAACUUCGAGGGUCGCCAGGGCGCUGGUGGUCGCACCCACCUGAUGUCCCCUGCCAUGGCUGCCACCGCCGCUAUUGUUGGCAAGCUUGCCGAUGUCCGCGACCAUCUCGUUGCCAGCCCUGUCCUUGGCAAGGCGCAGCCCAAGGUUAACGUUCAGCACGAAGCCGACGAGCCCGAGACUGAGGACGAGCUGGAGCGUAUCCUGGACCAGCCCGCCGACAAUGAACCCCACACCAACACCUCUGCCGCUGGCACCAGCGCCGGACUCCCCAAGUUCACUACCCUGAAGGGUAUUGCCGCCCCCAUGGACCGCAGCAACGUCGACACCGACGCCAUCAUCCCCAAGCAGUUCCUGAAGACCAUCAAGCGCACCGGUCUUGGCAGCGCCCUCUUCUAUGAACUCCGUUACCAGGACGGCCAGGAGAACCCCGACUUCAUCCUCAAUCAGGGCGUGUACCGGAACGCCAAGAUCCUCGUUGUGACCGGCCCGAACUUUGGCUGCGGUAGCUCCCGUGAACACGCCCCCUGGGCUCUCCUUGAUUUCGGCAUCAAGUGCAUCAUCGCCCCAUCCUUCGCCGAUAUCUUCUUCAACAACACCUUCAAGAACGGCAUGCUCCCCAUCGUCAUCCCCGAUACUGCCGUGCUCCAGAAGAUCGCCGAUGAGGCCCACGCUCACCGUGAAGUCGAGAUCGACCUGGUCAACCAGGAGAUCAAGGACGCCGAGGGUAACAAGCUUGCUUCCUUCGAUGUUGACGCCUUCCGCAAGCACUGCCUCGUCAACGGUCUCGAUGACAUAGGUCUUACCCUGCAGAUGGAAGACAAGAUCCGCACGUUCGAAGCCAAGCGUACGCUUGAGACCCCCUGGCUGGACGGCAGCGGCUACCUGAAGCGUGGUCGUCGCGGUGCUACCAUGGUCGAGGCUGCUCCUGUCCCUAAAACCAACCGGGGAGAUGUCAAGACCGAGCCUCUGGAAUGGUAGUGGCAGCUUUCCUGAUUUCUUUUCUUUUUUCUUUAUUCUCCUCCCCUCCUCCCCCCUUUUACUACCAAUCUCGCCACGUUUCCUUUUGCUAUAAUCACGAAAUUUUUUCCUCUUUUGUUUUUUUUUUUUUUUUUUUUUUUUU